AAGAAUCUUUGUGAAUGAGGUUUUCGAAGAACGUUUCUCUUACGAGCUUCUGAACUUCGAAAGUUCGAAGGGUCACGGCCCGCACUCUUUAUUUUACAAGGUUCAGUAGACACGACCAUAACCGAGACGCCGGAGAUACCACCGGACGAUGGAAGACGGGGAGAUAGACGAGGGAGCGAUGGUGGUGGACGAUGAGGAUGGGCAGUCAGCAGUCCAGCGCAAGGUAGAGAGGUCGGCGCACGAAAUGCUGCAAGAGAGCAAGGCCUCGGUGGAGGAUAUCGUGGCCAAGAUUCUCUCCAUCAAGAAAGAAGGGCAGCCCAAAUCUCUACUCCGAGAGCUCGUCACUCAGAUGUUCCUCCACUUCAUUACCCUCCGCCAGGCAAACCGGUCCAUUUUACUAGAAGAAGAUCGUGUAAAAGCAGAAACAGAGCGUGCAAAGGCACCGGUGGACUUCACAACUCUUCAGCUUCACAAUUUGAUGUACGAGAAAAAUCACUAUGUUAAAGCAAUAAAGGCUUGUAAAGAUUUCAGGUCAAAAUACCCUGAUAUUGAACUGGUUUCCGAGGAAGAGUUUUUCCGUGAUGCACCUGAAGAUAUCAAAGGCAAGACAUUGUCCAAGGACAGUGGGCACGAUCUGAUGUUGAAAAGGCUCCAUUUUGAGCUGUUCCAGCGAAAAGAGCUCUGCAAACUUCAUGAGAAAUUGGAAUUGCAAAAGAAAAAGCUUUUGGAUGCAAUUGCAAACCGCAAGAAAUUCUUGUCAAGUCUUCCUUCGCACCUUAAGUCCCUUAAGAAAGCAUCCUUGCCGGUGCAGAACCAGUUAGGGGUUCUGCAUACAAAGAAACUAAAGCAGCACCAUUUGGCGGAGUUGCUUCCACCACCUCUUUAUGUAAUUUACUCAGAGUUCUUAGCACAAAAGGAAGCAUUCUGUGAAAAUAUGGACUUGGAGAUAGUAGGAAGUUUGAAGGAUGCUCAAGCUUUUGCCCGCCAGCAAGCAAAUAAGGACACUGGCAUAUCAACUAAUGUAGAGAGUUCCAGAUUGGAGGAUGAUGCACCUGAUGAGGAAGAUGAUGGCCAGAGGAGAAGAAAGCGGCCAAAGAGGGUGCCAAGCAAGGAGAACCUUGAUCAGGAGGGAUUAUAUCAAGUUCAUCCUCUUAAAACAAUCCUUCAUAUUUAUGAUGACGAGGUGUCUGAUCUGAAGUCUGCAAAACUUAUCACUCUGAAGUUUGAAUACUUAUUAAAGUUGAAUGCCGUAUGUGUUGGGAUUGAAGGGUCCCAUGACGGAUCUGAGAAUAACAUCUUAUGCAACUUAUUCCCUGAUGACACUGGCAUUGAACUUCCUCAUCAGGCAGCCAAGCUUUCAGUUGGUGAUGCCCUCAAAUUUGAUGAAAAGAGAACAUCACGUCCAUAUAAGUGGGCCCAGCAUUUGGCAGGAAUUGACUUUUUGCCAGAGAUGUCUCCAUUGCUUACUAGCCAUGAAGCUCCAAGUGGUGAAACAGCUAAAAGUGAUGCUGUUAUAUCUGGUCUUUCACUGUAUCGUCAACAGAACCGCAUCCAGACAGUUGUGCAAAGAAUUCGUUCUCGGAAAAAGGCUCAGCUGGCUCUUGUGUCACAGCUUGAUUUGCUUAUGAAGCUUAGGUGGCCUGCUGUAACUUGUGAAAGUGUUCCGUGGGCUUUGCAUAACCCUAUUAGCAAUUUGCAUGGUUGGUCAACUGUAGGACACCAAUCUAUUCAGGCUUUAUCUUUGCCCGUUGUAGAAACAGAGCAAGUUCGGGAAUCUAUAGAUGAUAUGAAUGGCCGAUCUGGUACUUCAAAAGAAGAACUAGAGAGUGCAAGGGAAGAUGGGGAGCUUCCAUCUUUGGUUCCCUCUGCAUCUGUCACGGGUAAUGUUAAACUUAAUCGUUUAAAAGGAUCUAAUCAUGAGCAUUCCAGGCAGCUGACUUUAAUUUCAAAGAGCCUAGUACCUCCAAUAUCCAAGACAAAAUCCCUAAGUUUUAAGAAACCUGAUGACGAUUUGGAUCUGAUGCUGGAUUCUGAUAGCGAUCAGGAUGGGCCUGCAUAUAUUGAACUUGAGUCAGAAAAUACUGCUACUCAAUAUUAUGAGGUGGGUGAAAAGUCAUGGGUGAAUUAUGGGGCCAAGGAAUUUUGUCUUGUUUUAACCAGGAACAUGGAUACUGACCAGAGAAUUUGGAAGUUAGAAGCCAAGAUCAUGAUCAGCAUGGAAUAUCCUCUAAGGCCUCCACAUUUUGCUUUGAGUCUUUACAAUAAAACCUCUGGGGGAAAUCAUUCAGAAAGUGAUGGUUCAGAGUGGUAUAAUGAACUCUGUGCCAUUGAAGCCGAGGUCAAUCUACAUAUAUUAAAAAUGCUACCCGUGGAUCAGGAAAACUAUAUUUUAUCUCACCAAGUGCGUUGUCUUGCAAUGUUUUUUGACUAUUUGAUGGAUGAGGCAUCCCCAUCCUCGGGAAAAAGGAGGGGUAUUUCCGUGGUUGAUGUCGGUCUGUCUAAGCCUGUCAGUGGUCGGCUUCUUGCCAGAUCAUUUAGAGGAAGGGAUCGUAGGAAGAUGAUAUCUUGGAAGGACAUGGAAUGCACUUCCGGCUAUCCUUACUAGAACUUUUGAUAUGGGAUCCAAAGGUGAUGAAGUUGGUUCAUCUGUUGCUGCUGCCAGUAAGCCAAGUGCUGAAAGACAUAAUAGAAGGAUGAAUGGUAGACUCUAUUGCUUUGAUAAUUGAAAAUAUUUGAUUUACCUAUAAGCAUGAAGCACUGAUGUUAAUUUGAUUAAUUUGCCUGGAUGCAUGAAGCUUGUCAUUAUAGACAUGGGCCUUUGAUUUGUGAAAUCGUGGAGCCAGAGUCCGGAGGGGUUCUUCUUAGCUAUAAGUCAUUUACUGCAUUGUGGCGAUUUUGGGUUACAAUGGUAUGGAGUCUCGAAUGUGUUAUGUA